UUGCUUAGCAACCUCUUCAGUCGGGUGUCUCCAUUCGAUGAGGAAGCAUCCACAGAAGCAGCCGUCAUACCUAGAGGACUUCUGGCACGAAUCGACCAAUCCAUCCAGAAUGUCCCGCUGCAAACCACCGAAACCGGUGUCCUUUCCCGCACCGAUACGCUACGAAUGGAGCAAGGCGUACCUGGCCCGACCGAAGGAUAACCUCAUCGCCCAUCCGGACAGCUUGCUGAAGCAUCCGUUCCGGCCAUCGUUAGAGAAGCAUGGUGAUCCGACCAUGGACUGUCUGCUCGACUGGUCGUACGCGAGAAUUUGGCACUCGGAGGCGGAAGCGUUUCGCCUGAACCGGACCUUUGCGGAAAAACCGCCACCGAAGAAGAAGUUUCCGAUCUACGCGAACCGUAAAGCGCCACUGGUGGAGGUGAGCAAGGAACGGUUCAACAUGAGACGGUUCCAGAAUGUGCCGGCCAAGGUGGAAACACGGCGUACCGCAGCAGCUCCAUUGCGCCCGUUGUGUACUUUUUGAAGGGUGAAAAUUGGUCGUUGGGAAUUGUAAAUUCCUGCGAAACUAAAUUUACCACACUUUUUCGUCUAGUUGUGCAAAAUCUAGUGUAUAUCACUGUAGAAUCUCGUGCGUGAAUAUCUCCCCCUCCAACCGCGAACAGAGCAUUCUCUCGCACUGUUCCUCUCUCAAAGCACGGCUCCCCAUUUUACGCUCACAACUUCUCUCCAGUUUCCAGUAAACAUGUGCGUUCGAAUUGCUGCGAGCGAGUGACAAAGCAAGCGCUACUGCCAGCUGUCAAACGUCCUUCGCCGAACGUAUCCUUCCAACGUGCGUGUUGUACGAAAAGAAACAGAAAGAGAUGGCAAAUGUUAGAGAGCAUGCGAAAUAAAAAAAAAAAGAAACUGGUAAAAAGAAGGGAACACUUACAUCAAAAACACCUUUCUUCGCUGCGUGUCGGUGUCACAGGCUCGAGGAGUUUUGUGUUUUUGUGUGCAUAAUUUUCUACCAACCUCCCAACCAAUCAACGAUGACUAAACUUUAGGGGAAACUGGCUUGGUUUGUCGCUUUUAGCGCUUUAGUUUGUUAAUGAAAUAGACCCUCCUCGGCUGUGUUUGUUAGAAACCAAAAAUAUCUGAAUUCGCUCCAGGAUUCUUUGAAUUCUGUCGAGUCCUACCAUCAGCCACAUAGUUUUUUUUCGAUUACGUACCAGUGUUUUCCCCCGUUCUACCUUGACUCCUCCAUCCCCGAGUGGUGCUGUGUUUUGUGUCGUCACCUGCAUCCGGAUGGCAAAAUUACGAAGCAUCUUCAAAAAACACCUGAUCCCGAAUCUGGAGCGCAAAUGUCGCCUGUGCCUGUCGGAUAAGGAAAUCGUACAGUCGAUCUUCCAGUCGGACAACAGCAAGGAAACAACCGACACGCUUGUGGAGAAGAUCUUCGAAUGUACCGCAAUCAUGCUCUCCAAAGACUACGACUACCCUUCCCCCAUCUGCGAGGACUGUGCACUAAAGCUGGACGAGUUCUUGCUAUUUCGCACGAAAUGCUUGCGGAGCAACGAGAUCUACCGAUUCAAUCGACUUCACAAGCAGCGGCUUCUAUUUACCAGAAAACCAAUCACGACAGAGGACAGUGGUGGAAUACCUUGUGAAAAGCUGGAUAGUGAGUCUACUGCAUCAACAGACGAGCCGGAUGUUACUGGUGGUGUUGGUGGUGAUGUGUAUCCCAACGAGGAAAUUACUAUCCCUUUGCCCUACUCAGUUCCUGCCGUGGUCAUUGCCGAGGCGAGUGGAUCGAGCAGCUCCGACAGUCGGACAGUUAUCGAGCAGGAACGAUGUACUGCCGAAGGUGAUCCGGAACAGGAUCACAGUUCGAUCGUGACGCUAACGUUGCAAAACGGAGAGGAAGAAGUUACAGAAAGUCCCUCAAUACAACAUCAACAGCAUCAGCAGCAGGAGAAUGAAACGGGAUGUAACGGGAACCAUCAAGGUUCGUCCUCGUCCGGGUUGGACGAACCAGAGGAUGAGGAGAUCCCGCGUUGGAAGAAGCCACCGGAUCCGGACGAUAGUGAAAGCACCGGACGGUUAUCUCCCGCACCCGUUGUACUUCUCGUGGAUGAAACGGACACUACCAUAAGUGAGGCUGAAGACUUGGAGGAAGUGAUACUACUACCUGCCGAGCUGCUGGACCCUUCCCCGACGACAGGUGACGAACUGGAACGGGUGGAGAUGAUCGGCGACGUAAAGUUCCCGAUCGAAACGAUUGAGCAGCUCGACCAGCUGGAACGAUUAGUUCGAACGUGCGACACGGCGAGGGAGCGCUAUAUCACUCUGCUGCGACGGCUGAAAACACACGAUACCUCGCUCAGUGACACAUAUCAACGGUUGUUUGCGGACCGGCUGCUGAUCCACUACAAUUACGAUGGCAUCUCGCCUAAGUACAACAAACGACCACUGAAGACGUUGCUACUGUUCACCGAAUGUAUGGCUGUGGCCUGGGAGGACCAUAUGGAUGCCGGUAGGGUUAGGGAGGCUGUAAUUGAGGCUGUGAGAAAAUCCCAUAAUCGCUACAAUCAGUACAACCAUCGGAAGCGUGCCAGCUACGAAUGGUUAUAGCUGAAGAUACCCCACUAAGUAGCGGUUCAAGUGAGGGAGCAGAUGAAUCCACAAACUGCCAGCAAAGAAGCCGCAUUAGUUAAACGUUUUAUCAAAACACUCCCCAAUUCCCCUGAGGGGAGGUUUGUUUUCACUACAACAUUCACUACGACACAGUUUUCUAUGACACAAUACACAGAAUCGUACGGUUAUUAGAACGAAUAGCUAGAAAAUUGCUACCAAUAAGCAUGGUUGACUGUUGAGACACAGAGCAUAGUAGUAGUAGUAGCAUAGAGAGUAAUAACAUAGACGUAAAGAGUGAGUACACACAUCGUGUGUUUAGAGCGAAUCGAACCAACUACACCGCGCAAUUUGCAAUUACCAGUAUUACAAUGAUUGUAGUAGUCUCUAUUUAGCAAAAACCUUCACUAGUGGACUAGUGCGUGAUAUACUUAGGCAACAAAGAACGACACUACUGACUGUAGGAGCUGAGUAGACAGACAGUGACGGUAGCAGCUCGGAUUUAAGCAGCAACGUGUUCUUAGAGAAAUUUAAAACAAACCCCAGUGAUAGUUAUGUGAAGCAACAAACAAACGUACAAUGUACUAACGUCCUGCGAACGGAAACAGCGCUUCACUUUUAUGGCAGCCAUUAGUAGCAGUAGUAGUAGUAGUAGUAGUAGCGUGAGCAAUACCAGUUAGAAAUUAUGUCAGUGUACACGUCAGUAUCAAAUCUUUUCAUGCCGUUUUAUCAGUUGCUGAUGAGUGCGUACUUUUGUUAAAAGUGUUCGUAAACUUUUGUACCUUUACAUAAGGCCUGCGUGCGUAUGUGUAUGGCGACUGCGAGAUGCCAUUUUUGAACCAUUUUAUUGUGUGUAUGUGUAUGUCUAGAUAGAGUGAUAUCAUGAUGAAAGGGGACCAGCAUAGGACAUGAUCCCCCGCUCCCAUCUCCCAUCUCCCAGCCAAUGCUCCACUAAAACUCAAAUUAACUUGGGCACUGUUUGCCAUUUUAGCCUAUUUUAAAGUUUCAAAAAGAACGAGCAAUAUCUGAAUAAGCGGCCGUUCCUGCUGAAUAAACGAAACAAAUUUAACAACGUUUAACAAUAAUGAUAACAUGAUAAAGCACACUGUUAGUGAGCAUAAAUAACGACAGCAGCAAGAACAAACAUACAGCUGUGCACUUACAUAUGGCGUCCUUAUCAAAUCAAGCAAUAUUGCCCUUGCAAUCGAAUGCAAGUUGGCUGUGUGGUGCGUGCGGUAGGAUGGUAUAAUGCAAAGGAGAAUUCGAGCUGUAGGGACAAAAGGAGCGAGCCACAUUUUCACAAAUUCAUAUUUUCAUCUUUUCACGCAUGCACGAACAUAAAGCUACAGGACAGGGGUUUACUUUUAAAAUGAUUAUCUUACUAUCAUGAGAACGGAUUUCUCUCUAUCUCUCUUUCUUUUGUUAUAAUGUAAAGGAAACGCAAACUAAUACUGUGAGAAAGAUAGCAACACUACAAGGGAAUAAAGUGCAAUACAAUCUUCCACAUAACGUUACACACAUACACACAUCUUACGCCAGAGUGGCGUCGUUUCGUUUCUUUCAAAUACCGCUCCGAGGGGACAAAUCACCGAUUUAGAUGUUGUGUUCUUUUUAACGUUUAAUUUCACCUGUAAUUCUGUGUAUGCGUUAGUUCUGUUGCUUCCCCUAACAUCGGAUUACAUUGUAUCAUCAUUGUUUCUGUUUUAUGUAUUGUUACUGUUUAUACGAACUUAGUUAGAACGAAGUAGUUGCUUUUCGGGACACAAUUUUUGUUUAAAAAGCAUUUCAGUAAAUUGAUCCGAAUCCAAAAAAGAGAAAAGGAGCAAGUUCUGCUGCAGUCACGUAAGACCUCACUAUCGGGGACGGCGUAUUGUAAAAAUGUGUGGUAAAUGGCUAGCCGUAUUUCUAAUAUCAACAGAGUGGAAAAUUAUUCACAUAGUUUCUCUAAACGGACCUUCAAAAAACCCCAACUACGUACCGGGUAGCGGGUUAAAGAGAAAGCGAGUAGAAUGUAACAACGUUCAUACUUGAUUUCAAAAUUUUAAAAAUUUGAAAAUUCACCACUUUUUACGCUCAUUCAUUGCGUUUUUAUAAAUUAAGUUCAUAGUUACAUUCACCGAAAGCAGUGCAGCACUACAAGUUCGUUCAGAGGCAACAAACCGUAGCAAUGCAGGGGUAGCAAACAACUACAACGAUUUUAUAGCGUGUUACGGGUACUGCUGUUACAUUCACUUAUUGUUGGUUGCAUUACUGUAGUACAAAAGUGAUGAUCGGGGCAAAGGAAUUCACAAACAGAGUAACAAAAGUGAUU